ACGCCUCUUUCCCGCAUCCCCAGCCAUUCUCGCUCCGCCUUCCUCACUUCGUACAACAACAAUUCCGGCCAAUAUCCCACUCCUCUGUGUUUCCCUCAUCUCUCGAACCCAUGACCGACCUCCAUCUCUGUCACCGGUCCAUUCUCCAAGUACAAGGAAUGACGACCGGCCUCCAUCUCUAUCCUCGGUCUGUCUUCAAACGCUGUGGGAGCUUGCCUCUUCGAAACCCAGAGCGGCAAACAUGGUGCGAACCAGCCUCCCCGAAAUGGCCAAACGGUAUGUACUUAGGAAAAAUCUUGAUUUUUUUUUUGUUUUACCUUUUAUAUUUGACUUGAAUAUAGUGUUUACCGUUUCUUCAAUGCCAGUUUGUUGUGUUUUGAAAUUGGUUGUAUGUGUGUUCCAAUUGCGGUGUUUGUGUGAGUGUGUGACCUUAGGGUUUGAAUAGUAGGUGUUUGUGAGGUGUUAUUUAAGAUUACAGAAAGUUGCAGAGUUACACCAUCAACUUAAUCAGCAGCGCCAAAAUUACUUUGAUCCUCUAGCUGAUGCUUCUGAUCGUUUUCAACAUCCCAAAACGAUAGCCCUCAACUGAAAUACUUUCAGCAAGAUUUUGACACAACCCUUGCUUUCUGUAAUCAUGAAAGGAAACAAAGGACUGAUGAGGGCACUUCAAUUGCAAAUUCUUGUUAAUGAGCAUUUCCCGGCCUCUUAUUCAUUAUGCUUCAAGUUUGGAGAUGCCGCGAAGUUACUAAAUGCUCGUUUGACAAAGGACCAGCUCACCCCAUUCAAAGACACUCUGUGGGGUCAUUUGCUGGAUGCUCCGGACUUGUAAUUCUCUGGCCAGAUCAUCCACAUGCUCUUGUUACGCCUAGUGCAUCAACAAUUCACAGAUGAGCUGUGGUUUUGUGUGCGAGGGAAGCUUUUGAAGUUUACUUUCAAUGAUUUUGUCUGCAUAACCGGACAACUAUCUACUGGUGAGAGGCCUGAGUUGUCCACUGAUCAAAAAGACUGCAUUGCUAAGAAGUUCUUCCAUGGACGCACUAACAUUACAUUUCAGCAGUUGAAGAAUAGGAUGGAAGACUACAAGGCUCCAAGGAGAGGUGAUCCACUACAAGGUGUGAAGCUUGCAUCUCUGUACUACACACUGUGUGUCCUGCUUUCCAGAGACAAAAGGACCAAAAUAAACCCGGAUUUUGUGAAAUGGGUUGAUGACUUUCAGAGUUUCAAGAAGUAUCCUUGGGCGAUGGAAUCAUACAAUCUGACCGUGACUCACAUGAAAUCGCUAAUGGUAGGCCAACCAAAGUGUUUCAAUGAAAACAAGGCCGGCGAUCCACUUUAUGAAAAAGUGAAGUAUACGAUGUAUGGAUUCCCGCAUGUGUUACAUGUAUGAUCCAAAUUAAACACACCUACUUAAAAUUUUUAAUAACAAAACAAUUAAUCAUUACUUUUUCCAUUUGUAUAGGUUUGGCCAUACGAGAGUGUACCGAACUUUGCAAAAUUAGCCACUACAAAAGUUGCCGAAGAGCCUUGUUCCAUGCUUAACUGGAAAGCGGAAGGAUAUUAGAGUAUGACGAUGGCGUUUGCGGAUCAUUUGGCGUUGGAGUAUCCUUUGACACCCGGAUGUGACCACGACAACAUGUGGAACAUGAGAUGGCAAUUUGCGGUGCGCCUAUGGCGUAUGAAGAAGACUGAUGUUUGACACCAUUUAAUUGACAUUAUGUUUUGGGUUGUUGUACAAUGUUGUACAAUAGUGCCGCGCUUUUUGUACAAGGUUGUACAUUGGAAUGCCAAACUAUAAUGCUUCCAUUUUUUGUCAACAUUUUCAUGUUUUUGAUAAACAAUUGUUAAUAAAUUCAAUUGUUACAAGGUCACAACAUUUUCAUGUUUUGGAUCAGCAUUUUCAAUUGAAUAUCACCACUCAAAUGAAU